AUGGUACUUUCGCCGAGUAGCAUGUCGCAGCAGCAGCCACCCUACAACCAGCAGGAUCUCGCCCAGGGGAGUGAAGGAGAAGACGCAACGGCGGCACUCAUGGGGGUGGGCACGUACUUUGGCCUCUUUGCCUUGGUCAUCCCUGCCCGCGUAGUGUACGAUCGAACGGCCGCGAGCGUUGGAACCUCUCACCUUUACCGAGGCUUCCUCGCCACACUGCGCGGCGGCUUCAGUGACCUCGUGGGCGGCUACAGACAGCUCUGGCGGGAGGACGGCCUCAGAAUGUUCGCCAAGUGGCCCGCUCUCGGGUUUGCCAUCGGCGUGGGAGCGUUUGCGAUCCAAGAGGGAGCACAGCAGGCGUGCCACCGCCUGCUGGGCGUCACACAGGAGGACAUGGAGGCGAGGAGUCACAAAUGGCACCUGAGCAAGGCGAUGUGCCUCAUCUCCACGGGCGUGUUGCUCUACCCGGCCACCAUCCUGUGGACCGUCCACUCCACCAACAGAAUGCCUUCCUGGACGGUGUAUCUUCGAGACAAGGUGUGGAAGGGCAAGGACUACUUCUAUAGCGCGGCUCCGCUCUCCUCUCUCUCGUUCCUGGUCUUCUUCCUGAGCGACAUCAUUCGCGCCAAGGUGCUGCACUGGAACAAGAAGACGUUCUUCCCGGAACUGCUCGCCUCGCCGCCGCAGACCGAAGACGAGGUGUACGACGAGGAACCCACACAACAGGCUGCGCUUGUGGGCGGAGCCUACAGGCCGCUCCUGCACCAGAUCACCAACCUUUCGCUCUACACACUCUCCUCGAUGCUUAGCGCGAUGUUGACGGGUCCUAUCGACGCGGUCACGGCGAGGAUGAUCGCCAACCCGCUGCUCUACGGACCGUUGGGCAUCCUCGGGACGGUGAAGACGAUCUACCGGGAAGAGGGCGUGUGGGCCUUCUUCAAGGGCUUCGUGCCCAACGUGGUCUUCCUCCUGGGCACCUACUACGCCGGAAUCAGCGAGGAGGCCGACACGGGCAAGCCACCCCUCUAG